CACAGUUUUCCCCAACUCCACUUAUAAAGCCAAACUCCAUGACUUCUCAAACUCUUAAUCUCGUGUCGUCUCUUUAACUCUGGUUACACCCUCUCUCGGGGUAACCAACACGAGCCAUGGCACCCGGGGCUCAACCCUACACCUGCCCCAGCCCCAGCCCCCCGCCGCCUCCACAAUCACUGCCCAAAACCACCCCAACCACCACCACGCCAGCACUCCUCAACAGAUACCAACUGGGACGCCUUCUGGGCCGUGGCAGCUUUGCCAAGGUCCACCAGGCGCGUUCCAUCGUCGACAACAGCGUCGUGGCUAUUAAAGUCAUUAGCAAGAAUGCGAAUCUUGAUCCCAACAUGGAGUCUCGAAUCAUCCGUGAAGUCGCCGCCAUGCGCCGUCUUCAGCACCAUCCUAAUGUUCUCAAAAUCCACGAAGUCAUGGCUACCAAAACCAAGAUCUACCUCGUGAUGGAGUACGCCUCCGGUGGCGAGCUUUUCAACAAGGUUUUGCGCCGUGGCCGGCUUACCGAAUCCGCCGCCCGCCGCUACUUUCAGCAGCUUGUGUCGGCUCUCCAUUUCUGCCACCAAAACGGGGUUGCUCACCGUGAUAUGAAGCCGCAAAAUCUCCUCCUUGACCAAAACGGUGACUUGAAAGUUUCCGACUUUGGUUUAUCGGCUUUACCGGAGCAGCUGAAGAACGGGCUGCUGCAUACGGCUUGUGGUACCCCGGCUUACACGGCUCCUGAAGUCAUGGGUCGGCGUGGCUAUGAUGGUGCCAAAGCCGAUGCAUGGUCCUGCGGAGUUAUAUUAUAUGUAUUGCUUGCUGGUUAUUUGCCGUUUGAUGAUAGUAAUUUAUUAACCAUGUAUAAGAAGAUCCAAAGAAAAGAGUAUCAGUUCCCAUCUUGGAUCUCAAGACAAGCUAGAUCGGUUAUAUAUCAGCUCCUUGAUCCGAAUCCCAAAUCAAGAAUGAGUAUUGAAGCGUUAAUGAAUCUUUCUUGGUUCAAGAAAUCGUUGCAGCUGAAGGGUGAACAAGAAAGUAGUUUGUUCGAGUCAGAGUUAGUGUUUGAUAACAAAGAUAGUAAACGUGACAUGGUGUCAAUGAAUGCGUUUGAUAUAAUAUCCCUGUCGUCUGGUUUGGAUUUAUCUGGGCUUUUUGAGGCGAAGAAGAGGAAGGAGAAGAGGUUUACGACGGUGGAGAAGGCGGAGAGAGUGGUGGAGAAAGUUAAAGAGGUUGGCGAGAAGUUGGGCUACAGAGUUGAGAGAGGGAAGGGUGGCGGUGUCAUAGGGUUGGGGAAGCUUGGGAGGAUGGUUUUGGUGGCUGAAGUGUUGGAAAUUGCACCACAAAUGUUGUUGGUGGAAAUGAAGGUGGUUGAUGCCUGUGGUGGUGGCGGCGGUGUGGUGGAGUUUGAGGAGGUUCAUUGGAGCGAUUUGCAGGUGGGACUUCAGGAUAUUGUUCUUUCAUGGCAUAGCAAUGAUGUGAUUGUUAUGUGAAGAGAUGAUGAAUUAAGUUAAUUGGAUGGGUAUUAGGAGUACUGAUUUAUGAGGGCGCUGAUCUUGUACAUGGAUUUAGAUUAUCUUCUUCUCUGAGGGUUAUGUUUUGUUUAUUGUAAAUCAGUAAAAUUUUAGAUUAUUAGUGUAAUUUAAUAAAAGCUUCAGAUUGUUUUGUUCA